AUGUUGUCCUACCGCGAUCGCCUGACAGCCUUCUACGAGAAGUAUGCGCCCAACAAGCUGGGGCAGGUGGACGCGCAGCUGGGAAAGUACACUGGCCUUGAGGAGGACUUUUUUGCUGCACUUGUAAAGAAGUAUGGCCCCGAACCGGCCGCUGCUGCUGCGGUUGCUUCUUUGAGGAUGAGUCCAUGCGCGGACACUCAUGAAUCAAACGCCCCCGAGGCCAGGGCUGGGCAUGACAUCUUCCACAAUACUGCGGUAGAGGAGGAGGAGGGGGACGCGAUUGCCAAUCAUGUCCCUGACGAAGGCAGACAGGUACUUUUACGGGCCCUUGCGGCUGAGUUGGGUAUCGUGGUGAAAAGUGAGGAGACGUUUCUGGUUCUUGGUGCCCUUCUGGACGAAAGGAGAGCGCAUAAUUUGGGAACGGGCGCGCUACCCAACGUCGAGGCAGGGGUGUACCGGGCGCUGAAUGGGUCUGUGCACGCGCUUUCCUCGCCCCAACUCACAAUGAGGAUGCAAACGGUGGUGUUGCCUCCACACUCUGUGGCCGAUUUGUCGGAACUGCUUGCGGCCGUGAGAGUGGAGGAGGCCAAGUCGCGCACGGCGCUGGAACUGUUGGCGGCAGAUGAUUUUGAUAUUCUUCUUGCGGCGCAGAGGCAGGGAUUGCGAUAUAUGGAGCGAAACAUCACAAUGUCUGCCCUCCGCGCCUUUGCCGAGGCGGCGUUGCUGCGCCGGGUAUGGCGGGGGUGGCAGGACGCUGCCACCGGACGUGACGGGUGGGUACGGUACGGCCAGCGGCGCCAGUGGACGCGGUAUCAGAAGAUGCUCUUCAGCAAGUCUGUCGCUGCGUAUUACGCCCGGCUCGCACAGUCGCAGCGCGAUCGGGAGCGGCGGCGGUGGCACGUGAGAGUAGCGAACGCCAAGGCAGAGGCAGUGCGCCGGCGCCGGCUGCAGAGGGACGUUGUAGCACACGGCAACAUCGUGACGCGAAACAUCCUUGCCGUGCUGCUCAGCCCCUCUCCGGGCGCACAUCGCCCACGCAACAUACUGGCAACACCGGAGCCGAGCCCUGACGCAGUACCUGCCAGCGCCAAGUCUGUGUGGCAAGGGGCCCACUCACAGUGUCGCGCUCGCUCACCGUACUGGCUGGGCGACACGGUCGGUACACACGGCAGCGGCACUAAAAAGAACAACUGCAGCACGUCUCGCUACAGCUACGGCAGCCGCAGCGCGCGCUUGCUUGCCAUCGAGAGGGACUUUGGAAGUAUCCCUGCCAGUGCACGGGCACACGUCGUCCGGACGCUGAAGAAGUGGGACAUGCUUCCCACGUCGCCCUCGCACCACGCGUCAAGGAGCCCGACGCGCCUGCACACUUCACAGGGGGGUGAUAAGCAGCUGGCGCGGCGACUAGACACUUUCGAUGCGUUUGCUGUGGAUCCAGACGAGGACACGCCUCCGCUCUGGUGGGAGAGCGAGACGGAGCUGCAGCGGUACUUGGCCCGCAUCCUGGUUGACGCCCUUGACGCGGAGGAAAGGGACGACCCGCCCGCCACCGCCGCCUGA